CUCGUAAUCCCUCCUGGCCUCCUCCAAUUACUGCGGUCUAUCUCUCUGUUGCUUUUAAACUAGCUUCUUAUUCUUCUCCAAUUAUUUUCAUUAAUCUAUUUUGCAACAUUCAAUGGAGGGAGGAGAAGGGCAGAACGACCAUAUUUGUACUGUGAAUGAAGUCUUUGAUGAUUACAAGGGGCGUAGGAGUGGCAUAAUAUCCGCUCUUACAACUGACUAUGAAGAUUUUUAUCGGAUGUGCAAUCCAGAGAAAGAGAACUUUUACUUGAUUGGAUAUCCGGAUGGGAAAUGGCAGGUAAGUUUACCUUUUGAAGAAGUACCUUCAGAGAUUCCGGAGCCUACUCUGGGUAUCAACUUUGCAAGAGAUGGGAUGGUUGCAAGUGACUGGAUAACAUUAGUAGCUGCCCACAGUGAAGCGUGGCUGUUUUCUGUUGCUUUCUACUUUGCUGCUAGAUUCGGAUUUGAUAAAGCUCAAAGGAAGACACUCUUCAACAUGAUAAACGAUCUUCCUACAGUGUAUGAGAUUGUGACUCUUGCGUCAAAGAAACAGCUAAAGGGGAAAAAACCGGUCUUAAAUCAUAUUCACUCCAAGCCAAAGCAAAGUUUCAAAUCUCAAUCAACUGAAGAGCGUGAAGGUAGGACAAUGGACGUGAAACUGCUUCACAACAAUGAAAGAGAGGAGGAAGACGAGGAGCACGACAACGCAUUGUGUGGUGCUUGCGGCCAAUACGAUGGACUGGACGAGUUCUGGAUAUGUUGUGACAAAUGCGAAAGGUGGUUUCAUGGACGGUGUGUAAAAAUAACCCCGGCUAAAGCUGAGCAAUUGAAGUUGUAUAAGUGUUCAUCUUGCAGCAACAAAAAGAGACCUCACCCUUCUUAACCUUGUUCAUAAUGCUAUAAAAUGCACAACACCCUUCUAACUGGUAUAGGGAUAUCAACUUUAGGGAGAAGUUAAUCUGCUGAUCUAGAACAUCUUUUGUCUUUAGAAAUUAAUUUUUUGAGUUAAAUUCUAUUUACCCCCAUGUUUAU